AUGGGCACGACAAAGUACCUCGCAAGGUCCAUUCCAACCAUUUCCAUGGCCGAUUUCGAUUCUCGGGUUGAUGCCAUUACUUCUGAGCUAGUCUCAGCAGCUGAGAGAGAUGGCUUCUUCUGCAUCGUCGACCAUGGCAUCUCUCGCGAACAGGUCGACCAGAUGUUUGACAACUCUGCUGCAUUCUUCAACCUAGAAGACAGCAUAAAAGCUACUGUACCAUUUUCGGCUGUACAUAACGCCGGCUGGGAAAAGAAUGCGCAGAUACGACCCAGUACUGGUGCUGCGGACCAAAAGGAGUCGUAUCAGAUGCAAUUCAGCGAGAACAUGGAAGGUCGAUGGAUCGCCGAGGAUGUACUCCCUGGGUUCAAGGACAAGAGCCUUGCAUUCAUGCACAGCGUUCAAGAUGUCUCGGAAAAGCUGAUGGUCUGUUUUGCGAGAGGGCUAGGCUUUGAGGACGACUUCUUCAUCAAGUGUCACGACGUUUCCGAAAACGACUCACAGACUGUCGCUCGACUACUUCACUACUUCCCGACACCCGAAAACACCAACGGAGAAGUUUUCCAUCGUGCUGGCGCUCAUACCGAUUGGGACUUCCUGACUUUGCUUUUCCAGAAAGCCGGUCAAUCAGGACUUGAGAUCUGUCCCGGCCGUGAAGUGUCAACGAGUUUUGGCUACGGAGAUACGUGGACCAAAGUUGAUCCUGACACCGAGUCCAAUGCCAUCAUUUGCAACAUCGGAGAUUUGCUCAUGUCAUGGUCUGACGAUCGAUUCAAGAGUACCUUCCACAGAGUCAAGGCUCCUUCUGAGCCUGGAGACUACUAUGGAGAACGAUACAGUAUUGCAUUCUUCAACCAGCCAAGAAAGAGUGCAGAGAUUCAGGGGCCCAAGAAGAAGUAUCCCAUGGUUACUGGAGGCGAGUUUACCAGAAACGCGAUGCAAAGAAAUUUCAAGGCUUUGCUGGAUAAGAAAAACGCCAAUUUGAAGUCGGAGAUUACUGCUUCUGUUGUUGCUGUCAAGGAAGUGCCUGCUACGGCCUGA